AUGGAAACUCAGGUACGAGCAGACCAGAAGAAUGCAGCGAUAUUGAGUCAACACAAGACGGAUUUCCCAGGAUUAUCGGCUUGGAGUGAUGAUGAAGCUCCUGAGGAAGAAGGAAGCGAUAUGUCAGAUGAAGCCCCUGAGGAAGAAGGAAGCGAUAUGUCAGAUGAAGCCCCUGAGGAAGAAGGAAACGAUAUGUCAGAUGAAGGAUACAGCGAGACAGAAGAUAAUAUGGAAAUUGAACCAGCAACCAACUCAGCACAAAGACCACUUUUCUUUGAUGGAUUGGAAUUCUAUCUUAUAGUGAGUCAAGUACGCGAGCGUACAGUCAGGUCAGUAUUGGCGCUUGGAAUGACGAAAACAUUGUCAACGUUGCGAAGGCUAAAGCAGAACAAAGAGUCGAUCGCUACGAUUGAGCAGCAUUAUCCUGACUUUACAUGUUUGCCUACAAAUGAGAAGACUAUUGAAGCUGAACACCCUCCAAUGAACUUGCUAGCAGCGUUGCGACUUCCAUCGGCGAUUACCAUUGCACAAGAUCAAUCUCUUUUGAAAAAGUUUGUAUCAUUUCGAUUCAAAGUAGAUGAAGAGACAUGUGUCAGCCCUUUAUCACUAUCAUUGCGGGGCUCCGGAUAA